CCGAGGUCAGGAGGGUGUUUGUUGCGGUGUCUCCUCCAUAUCGUCCUACACCGGUCCCUGCCGCCUUUCCUGCCUCACAAGUUCACAGCAACAUCACCAACAACACUAAUACUCGCAAAAUGGCAGUUCCUCCAGCAUAUGCAGACCUUGGAAAAUCAGCAAAGGACAUCUUCAAUAAGGGAUAUGGUUUUGGGCUGGUUAAGCUUGAUGUGAAGACAAAGUCUUCAAGCGGAGUGGAGUUUAAAACGUCCGGCUCAUCCAACGUAGACACCAGCAAGGUCACCGGAACCCUGGAGACCAAGUACAAGUGGGCUGAGUAUGGGCUGACAUUCACAGAGAAGUGGACCACAGAAAACACACUCGGAACAGAAAUUUGUGUUGAGGAUCAGAUCACCAAAGGGCUGAAACUUACUUUUGACACGACAUUUUCACCAAAUACUGGCAAGAAGAGUGGCAAGGUCAAGACGGCUUAUAAAAGGGAAUACCUUAAUGCCGGCGUGGAUGUAGAUUUAGAUUUUGCUGGUCCUACAAUCCAUGGAGCAGCUGUAGCCGGCUACGAGGGCUGGCUGGCUGGCUACCAGAUGACCUUUGACACAGCCAAAUCCAAGAUGACCCAGAGCAACUUUGCCGUUGGUUACAAGACCGGGGACUUCCAGCUCCACACCAAUGUGAAUGAUGGUUCAGAGUUUGGUGGAUCCAUUUACCAGAAGGUAAACGACAAACUGGAGACUGCUGUGAAUCUUGCCUGGACAGCAGGCAGCAACGGCACUCGCUUUGGCAUUGCUGCAAAAUACCAGUUAGACUCUAGUGCCUCCAUAUCAGCCAAGGUUAAUAAUGCCAGCUUGGUAGGAAUUGGAUACACCCAGACACUGCGGCCUGGUAUGAAACUACUCCUCUCUGCACUGGUGGAUGGGAAGAAUAUCAAUGCUGGUGGUCACAAACUUGGUCUGGGCCUGGAGCUGGAGGCAUGAGGGUCUGCUCCACCAGUCCAUAGGAGGAAUAGGAAUAUCAGCUGAAUCUAACCCUGAGUGUUCCUGUCUGGUCAGCAACAGAUAUUUUCAAGCCAAAACAAAAACGAAGCCCAGUUCUUAAGCACUGUUAAGAUGGAAACCUUUCCACCAGCCUCCUUUUAUUGUGGUCACAGUAACCAGUCAUGUUUUAAUCACAUAUAUUUAUAAAUCAGCCACUCCUUAUGCCAAUUUAUCCUCUAUAAUGGUAGAAAAACCCUCUGCUGAGUGCACGAUGUCCUGGAAUGGUUUCACAAAUCAAAACCUUGUUAUUUUGCUGAAGUGUGAUAACGUAGAAUGUAAAUCUGAGCUGUUAUUUUGCACAGUAGAAUAUAUCUUUAUUUAAGCUCUUUCUCCCUUGUUUUAUUUGCACACUUUAUUUGUAUUUUGGUAGUGAUGCACUGCCUGUUGGAAGUUACUCCAACAAAAUAUGCUUAUCAAGGUCGAAGCCAACCUUUUGGCUGCUCUUCACUUAUCUUUCUAGAGAGGCUUAAUUGUGCUGUGUGAUGAGUUUGAGCACCUGCUUCUAAGCUGCAAGACAAUGCUAAAUGGAUUUUCCUUUCCUCAGUGUGACUCGAGUGAAAGAGUACGUGAGUGAAUCAUCCACUUUUCUUCCCAUUUUUGAGAACUGUGACACUAAUCAGGAAGCAGUUUGUGUGUUGGCGUGUGUCUAACCUUUGCAAUAAAGUCCUGAAACCAAC